AAGCGUUGCCGGUCGGAGUGACGCUGUCGCGUUCUAGUUCCUCCGGUUCUAGUAGUCUAGUAGACGGUGCGCGCUCAGACAGCCUAGCAGCAGUCAGUCAAUCAGCUGCCGCAGUGCACCUUUCGUUGAGUUCCGUUGGUUCCGACAAAGCCUACGCUACCUACCGUCGCAUUAUCGACGGUUCGGUAGAACUUUCAUUCCGGGAGCGUUGUUGUGAUAUGUGUAAAUAGUUAUUGAUUCUUGUGCGACCUCCCAAAAAGUGACCAGUGGGUGUCGUUGACAGUCAGUCAGUUUGUAUGCAAUUUUCUGAUGGGACUUGAUUUUUUCCCGCCUUCUGUGAUUUUUCAAUGGGCUAGUCAGCACCUGUCGCAAGUUCAUGCCGUGGUUGUAGGUCGAAGUAAGAAGCAUUCCGGUGGCAUGAAAUUACUCACCACCAUCGAACAGAUGAUCCGCCGAAGACCACGAAGGACAGCCGUCCUAACAGCUCUAACGUUCCUGAUUAUGGGCACCAUCGGUUACAUGGUCAACACAGUAUUCGGUGCAAUGUUCACAAGUGGAAACGAGUCUUCAACGGUGGGAUUACUCUAUCCGAUUGAAUCCGAGACGCGGGAAGUUAAAAAACUAGACGGUAUGUGGAACUUUGUCCGCACGGAUACCACCGAUCCCGGCAAGGGAUUACGGGAAAAAUGGUACAGUGAUGAUCUGAGCAAGUUCCGAUCGACGAUCGCAAUGCCGGUGCCGAGCAGCUACAACGAUAUAACGGAGGACGCUGGCUUGCGGGAUCACGUUGGGACGGUUUGGUACGACCGGAGAUUUUUCGUGCCGAAAUCUUGGACCAGCCAGCGGGUAUUUGUGCGGUUUGGAUCCGUACACUAUGAUGCCAUUGUGUGGAUCAAUGGUCAGCAGGUCAUCAAACAUGAGUUCGGUCAUUUACCGUUCGAGGCGGAUAUCAGUGGGGUGCUGAACUACGGAGCAGAAAAUCGUGUCACGGUUUUGUGUGACAAUGUGCUCCUCCAGACCACCGUUCCACAAGGGAAAAUUCUUUCGCAACCCGUAGACGGUGGCUCUGAAGUGGUUCAGACAUACACGUUCGACUUUUUCAACUAUGCUGGCAUUCACCGGACCGUUGCUUUGUACACGGUGCCCCGGGUGUUCAUCCGUGAAGUUGUGGUUAACACCGAUCUGGUGGGCGACGAGGGUCAGAUCUACUACUCGGUGGACAGUAGUGUGAAUGCGACCAACGACCUUCAAGCGACGGUCAAAGUGAUUGAUAAGGACGGUACGGUGGUGGGGGUUGACAUCGCCACGGGGACGGCACUGAAGGGGGUGGUCAUUGUGAAAAAUGUCAAACCUUGGUGGCCGUAUUUGAUGCACGAGGAUCCGGGCUACAUGUACACGAUGGAGGUGACACUGGAGGGUAAAUCUAAUGAAGCCUCCGAGCCGGUCGGCGAUAUUCACGAUAUUUAUCGACUGAAAGUUGGGGUGCGGGUACUGGAAUGGAACAGUACUUCGUUGCUGAUUAAUGGGCAGCCUAUUUAUUUCCGUGGGUUCGGAAGGCAUGAAGAUUCUGAUAUUCGAGGCAAAGGCCUGGAUUAUGCAUUAUUGACGAAAGAUUUUAAUCUUUUGAAAUGGGUUGGAGCAAACGCGUAUAGAACAUCGCACUACCCGUACUCGGAGGAGAGCAUGCAGUUUGCGGAUGAACACGGGAUCAUGAUAAUCGAUGAGUGCCCAAGCGUGGACACUGAGAGCUACUCGCAAAUUCUGUUGGAAAAGCACAAAUUCAGUGUGGAACAGCUGGUACAUCGGGAUCGCAAUCAUCCGAGUGUAAUUAUGUGGUCCAUAGCCAACGAACCUCGUACCAAUCAGAUGGCUGCUGAUGCAUACUUUGAGGCAGUUGCCAAAUACACCCGUGAGUUGGAUCCUUCCCGGCCCGUAACUGCUUCCAUUGCUGUUGGCGUUGACGAUGAUAGAGCGGCCAAACAUUUGGAUAUCGUUAGCUUCAACCGUUACAACGGAUGGUAUCAAAAUGCCGGAAAGUUAAACAUGAUCACGAAUCGGGUGAUGGACGAAGCUCACGCGUGGCACACCAAACAUAACAAACCGGUGCUUAUGUCCGAGUAUGGUGCGGACACAAUGGAAGGCCUACAUCUGCUUCCGGCUUACAUCUGGUCCGAAGACUACCAGUCGCAGGUAUUUAGUCGGCACUUCCGUGCCUUCGAUCGACUCCGGCAGGAGAAAUUCUUCAUCGGAGAGUUCGUGUGGAACUUUGCUGAUUUCAAAACGGCUCAAACGUACACCCGGGUGGGAGGCAACAAAAAGGGUAUUUUCACGCGUAAUCGGCAACCGAAAGCGGCGGCCUAUUUGCUGCGACAGCGGUAUCACGCAUUAGCCAAAGAGCAACAGCAGAGCGUAAGAUUACCGGACGAUCUGUUCCUGUAUACGGCAGGGGGCAGUGAGAGUGCGGUAUGCGAGAAGUGUGAGCUAUAGAUUGAAGUGACCAAAUCGAGGAUUUCAGUUCUUUUACAGCCUACAAAUGAUCAGGGAUGCAAUUUAUGUCUAAAAAUCUAAACUGAAAUCUUUACAAUUAAAGAGUUUUUUUGUAAAUAAUUUUAUUGUUAUAAAUAAAAUGAUAAAUCCGA